GGCUUCCGGGAACGGUGUCAUGGCGGCACUUGGAGGCCCGCAUGUGUACGGUGGUGGGAUUGAGGCACAGGGCGGAUCCACGCUGCGUUUUCGGUCGCGGCGAGAGGACCCAGGCUAUCUGAGCAGACGUCCUGAGUUUGCAGUCACCUGCUUCCCGUCUGGCUCCGCCGCUCUCCCAGGAGAUUCUCCAGACUCUGAAGCGGAAGGCCGGUGUGGCGGCCCAUAGGAACGUGGCUAUUCACCCGGUGGCGCUUUCCCGGGUGUGAGGCAGGUUCAGCCCGUUGCAUCUCGUCUUCCUGGGCCUAGUUGAAACAUUAGUGUCAUGGCAGAGCAGGAUGUGGAAAAUGAGCUUCUGGACUACGAUGAAGAUGAAGAGCCCCAGGCGCCCCAGGAGAGCACUCCAGCUCCCCCGAAGAAAGAUGUCAAAGGAUCUUAUGUCUCCAUCCACAGUUCUGGCUUCCGGGACUUUCUGCUGAAGCCGGAGCUCCUGAGAGCUAUAGUUGACUGUGGCUUUGAGCAUCCUUCAGAGGUCCAGCAUGAGUGUAUUCCCCAGGCCAUUCUGGGUAUGGAUGUCCUGUGCCAGGCCAAAUCUGGGAUGGGCAAGACAGCUGUGUUUGUGCUGGCCACCCUGCAGCAGAUCGAGCCCAUCAAUGGCCAGGUAUCAGUACUGGUCAUGUGCCACACAAGGGAGCUGGCCUUCCAGAUCAGCAAGGAGUAUGAACGCUUCUCUAAGUACAUGCCCAGUGUCAAGGUAUCUGUGUUCUUUGGAGGCCUCUCCAUUAAGAAGGAUGAAGAUGUGUUGAAGAAGAACUGUCCCCAUGUUGUGGUGGGGACACCAGGCCGGAUCCUGGCACUCGUACGGAGCAGGAGCCUCAACCUGAGGAAUGUGAAGCACUUUGUGCUAGAUGAAUGUGACAAGAUGCUGGAACAGCUGGACAUGCGCCGGGAUGUACAGGAGAUCUUUCGUCUGACGCCCCACGAGAAGCAGUGUAUGAUGUUCAGCGCCACCCUGAGCAAGGAGAUCCGGCCAGUCUGCAGGAAGUUCAUGCAGGAUCCUAUGGAGGUGUUUGUGGACGACGAGACCAAGCUCACACUGCACGGGCUCCAGCAGUAUUAUGUCAAGCUCAAGGACAGUGAGAAGAAUCGUAAGCUCUUCGACCUCCUUGACGUGCUAGAGUUUAACCAGGUGGUGAUCUUUGUCAAGUCUGUGCAACGCUGCAUGGCCCUGGCCCAGCUCCUAGUGGAGCAGAACUUCCCAGCUAUCGCCAUUCACCGAGGCAUGGCCCAGGAGGAGCGCCUGUCCCGGUACCAGCAGUUCAAGGACUUCCAGCGUCGCAUCCUGGUGGCUACUAAUCUGUUUGGCAGAGGUAUGGACAUCGAGCGAGUCAACAUCGUCUUCAACUAUGACAUGCCAGAGGACUCAGACACCUACCUUCACCGAGUGGCUCGUGCUGGUCGCUUCGGUACCAAGGGCCUGGCGGUCACUUUUGUAUCAGAUGAAAACGAUGCCAAAAUCCUUAAUGACGUUCAGGACCGGUUUGAAGUGAAUGUGGCUGAGCUUCCAGAAGAAAUAGACAUCUCCACAUACAUUGAGCAGAGCCGGUAACCAUAUAUGUAGCCAGGCACUGUGGUCACCCUCUUUCCCAGCUGCUGCUUCAGAUCUUCUUUGUAGGUGACAAAUCGGUGUCUCUUUUUAUUGUUCCAAAGCUUUAGCUAUGUAAGAAUAAACUUUUAUUGUGAAUACCUG